UGUGACCGGAGCAGGAAGAGUAAGUGAAGUACGCGGUUCUUUGCUCUGAUACACGCGGUGUUUGUGCUGAAUGAAUUAAUGGCACCUACAGGUGAGGUUGUGUUUGGCUCUGGGGAGCGGUUCUGUGCUGACAACCGUCUGCGCUGGGACCUCACUCCAGAACGGAUCCACCAGCUUACUGAUGAACUCAUUGCCAAGACCAAAAAGGUGUACGACUCAGUGGGCGCUCUAGACUUGGCCAGUGUCAGCUAUGAGAACACCCUCAAGACCCUCGCUGAUGUGGAAGUGGAGUACACGGUCCAGAGGAACAUGCUGGACUUCCCCCAGCAUGUGUCCUCUUGUAAGGAUGUCCGCACUGCCAGCACUGAAGCUGAUAAGAAGCUAUCAGAGUUUGAUGUGGAGAUGAGCAUGAGAGAGGAUGUUUAUCAGAGAAUUGUGGCUCUGGAGGAGAAACUGUCAGAUGAAAGUUUGACCCCUGAGGCCAAGCGUUACUUGGAGAGACUUAUAAAACUCGGCAAGAGAAACGGCCUCCAUCUUCCUAAAGACACGCAGGAGGAGAUUAAAAAGAUCAAGAAAAAACUGAGCACUCUUUGUAUCGAUUUCAACAAGCACCUGAAUGAAGAUACAACCUGCCUGUCUUUCUCUCGAGAGGAGCUCGGAGGACUGCCUGAGGAUUUUCUUAACUCUCUUGAGAAGGACGAGUCUGGAAAACUGAAGCUCACUCUCAAGUACCCCCAUUAUUUCCCAACCAUGAAGAAAUGUUUCAUCCCCGAGACACGAAAGAAAUUAGAGGAGGCUUUCAACUCGCGCUGUAAAGAGGAGAACUCCGCUAUCCUGAAGGAGCUGGUAGAGCUGCGCUCUCAGAAGAGCAGUCUACUGGGCUUCAGCACGCAUGCUGACUUUGUGCUGGAGAUGAACAUGGCCAAGACCUCCAAGAAGGUCUCAACUUUCCUUGAGGAUCUGGCCCAUAAGCUGAAGCCCCUAGGGGAGGAGGAGAGAGCCGUGAUCCUGAAGCUAAAAGAACAGGAGUGCCAAAAGAGGAACCUGCCAUUCAGUGGAGAUCUGCAUGCCUGGGACACGCGCUACUACAUGACCCAGGUGGAAGAGACCCAGUAUUCGGUGGAUCAGAACCAGCUGAAGGAGUAUUUUCCCAUGGAGGUUGUGACCCAGGGCCUGCUGGACAUCUAUCAGGAGUUGCUCAAUCUCACCUUUGAGCUGGUAGAAGGUGCUCCUGUCUGGCACGAUGAUGUGACGCUGUACAGCGUUAAAGACCGCACCUCAGGCCAUGUGGUGGGCCAGUUUUAUCUGGAUCUUUUCCCCAGGGAGGGAAAGUACGGCCAUGCCGCAUGCUUUGGCCUGCAACCUGGCUGUUUGCUUCCGGAUGGAACCAGGCAAAUGGCUGUGGCUGCCAUGGUGGCUAAUUUCAGCAAGCCCACUGCUGAUGCUCCUUCUCUGCUGCAGCACGAUGAGGUGGAAACAUACUUCCAUGAGUUUGGACAUGUGAUGCACCAGCUCUGUGCCCAGACUGACUUUGCUAUGUUCAGCGGUACUCAUGUGGAGCGGGAUUUCGUGGAGGCUCCGUCUCAGAUGUUGGAGAACUGGGUCUGGGAGAGGGAGCCACUGCAGCGCAUGUCCAAACACUACAAAACGGGAAACGCCAUUCCAGAGGAGCUUCUGGACAAGCUCAUCAAGUCCAGACUCGCUAACACGGGGUUGUUUAACUUGAGGCAGAUUGUUCUGGCUAAGGUGGACCAGGCUUUGCACACUAAGGAUGGGGUUGACCCAGCUGAGGAGUAUGCUAAACUCUGCCUGGACAUCCUGGGAAUCCCUGCUUCAUCAGGGACAAACAUGCCGGCCACCUUCGGUCACCUUGCAGGAGGAUACGAUGCUCAGUACUACGGUUACCUGUGGAGCGAAGUCUUUUCCAUGGACAUGUUCUUUGGCCGUUUCAAACAGGAAGGCAUCAUGAACCCCAAGGUGGGUUUGGACUACAGGAAGUGUGUUCUGAAGCCUGGUGGCUCUGAGGAUGCUGAUGACAUGCUGAAGAAGUUCCUGGGAAGAGAACCUAAGCAGGAAGCGUUCCUCCUGAGCAAAGGACUGACAGUGGAGCUGGAGUCUGGCACACCCUGUGCCUGCUGAUUGCCUGAACAUUAAGACGAGCCGUUAAAGCCUCAGACAGAUUGAUACCUCCUUAUAAAAAUCCUGAAAGCUCAUGCACAUUAUACCCUCUCUCGACCCUGCACCUGUGCACAGAGCUUUCGUUUUGGAUGUUUGAAGCAUUGUUUUAAAAUUGAAAAUUGUAUAUAAAAAAAAAAAAAAGACA